GAGCAUCACAAUUACACGCGCAUCUAGUCUCGAGUGACAGGUGCAUUGUUGUGUAUACAGAACAAUCCGAAGCUGUCAAAUCGUGAAAAGUUUUUACGGUUCUUACUUCGAUCGAUGAAAAUAAAUACUGCGACAGACAAUAAUGGACAACGGUUGUUUAUCGAAAGAGAUAUUCAUGAGUGAGCACAGUAUUUCAAGUAUCGGCUCCAAUAUCUCCACGGCAACAACGACCACGACUACGCAAGAUGAAAAUUUUAGCGUGCCAAAACAUGCGGAAAAUAGUCUACGCGUUAUGGACGAAUGUCUCCAAAGACAACAAUUAACCGACGUAACCAUUAUUGCUGGUGGUCGUCGAUUUCCUGCUCAUAGAUUGGUACUGAGCGCAGGAUCAGAAUAUUUUGCAGCCAUGUUCACCGGCUCGCUCAGAGAAUCCACUCAAAAAGAGGUGGAAUUGAAAGGCGUAGACCCCGAUGCUCUCUGGCUACUUAUUCGUUAUUGCUACACUGGCUGCAUAGAAUUGCGAGAGGAAAGUGUGGAAACACUUUUAGCAACGGCGUGUCUUCUCCAUUUGAAUCCAGUAAUAAAAGCCUGUUGCCAAUUUCUCAUAAAGCAACUGCAUCCCAGCAACUGCCUUGGAAUAAGGAUGUUUGCCGACACCCAGGAUUGUUCACAUCUCUUUAGCAUUGCUCAUGCUUAUACGACCAAACAUUUCAUGGAAGUGAUUAAAAAUCAAGAAUUUCUUUUACUGUCAGCCGACGAGGUUGCAAAAUUAAUGGACUGCGACGAUCUUAAUGUUCCUUCCGAAGAAACCAUUUUUCACGCUUUAAUGUGUUGGCUACAGUACGAUACGGAAACCCGAUCCAAAGACGCUGGAAGAUUACUCGGACUUGUAAAAUUGCCACUGUUGUCCCCAGCUUUCAUAGCCGAUUAUAUUGAAUGCAACGAGAUUUUCAAGGAUCAAAGUUCAGCCCAAAAGCUCAUAAUUGAAGCUCUGAAAUACCACCUUUUGCCUGAGCGACGAUCUUUGCUUCAAUCCGAUCGUACGAGACCUAGAAAAUCGACGGUUGGGCAAUUGUUACUCGUAGGUGGAAUGGAUGCCAAUAAAUUUAAUGUCGUUAAUGGAAAAGGUGCCGCGUGGAUCGAUGCCUAUUCAUUGCGCGAAGAUUCAUGGACGUGUCUAGGCCGGUCGAGCAGCAAACGAGUCCAAUUCGGAGCUGCCUUGAUCGACAAAAAAUUGAUCGUCGCUGGUGGCAGGGACGGUCUUAAAACUUUAAACACCAUGGAAUUCCUCGACCUUUCAUCAGGAAUCGCCGCUACUUGGAGCGUUUUACCUUCUAUGAGUAUAAACCGUAACGGACUCGGAAUCGCGGAAUUGGGAGGUGCUCUUUACGCUGUGGGUGGUCACGAUGGUUGGAGUUUUCUAAAUUCUGUUGAACGAUGGGAUCCGAGCACUCGACAAUGGAGUUACGUUUCACCGAUGACAAUACCGAGAUCGACCGUUGGUGUCGCAGUUUUGAACAACAAAUUAUACGCCGUGGGAGGCCGUGAUAUAAGUUCAUGCCUGGCCACAGUCGAAUGCUACGAUCCUCACACAAAUAAAUGGACAGCAUGUGCGCCGAUGUUGAAAAGACGUGGUGGAGUCGGUGUGGGUGUGCUCAAUGGAUAUCUUUAUGCACUCGGUGGUCAUGACGCACCCAAAAGUAAUCCCGAUGCUAGUAGAUUGGACUGCGUCGAAAGAUAUGAUCCUAAAACCGAUACGUGGACGAUGGUAGCGCCGAUGAGCAUUGCCCGAGAAACCGUGGGUGUUUGUACUUUGGGCGAUCGUUUAAUGGCCGUCGGUGGAUAUGACGGUCACCAAUAUCUCACGCUUGUUGAAGCGUACGAUCCUUAUCUCAACGAGUGGCAGAGAGUAGCACCACUGAAUUCUGGCAAGGCAGGACCCUGCGUCGUUGUUAAAUGUCCAAUCGGCUGAAAUCAACUGAAUUGGGAACGGAAACCGAAUUCGAAAGGUUCACGCAGUUGAGAAACACGAUAAAGUAAUUUUUUCAAUCUCCGACGAGGCUAUUUCGUAUGUUUUUUAAACGUUUUAUUUUGUACGAGAGUAAUCACCUUUCCGUCAAAAUUGUAAUUUAUUACGAGAUUUACGAAAGUAAAGAUUUUUCAGUAUUUUUACGAAUACGAAAGUAUUCGAACGAAGCAACUCGAACCGAAUUAUUGAAAAUGUGGAGUUUCGAAUGAUUUAAAGUAUUAUUCAUGUUAUUUUUCCAGUUAGAUUAAUCACUCGAUUUUUUGUACUCUUUUUUUUCUACCCGCCGUAUUCUCGUACUCUGAUUAAUUAUUACUCGCAAUUUAUACAAUUCUCUUGCGAGAAAAAUAUUCAAGAGGAAUAUAAAAUGGGCUUGGCUCAAUUGUUCAACGUAGCGAGGGAUCCGAGUAUUUUUUUAAGCAUCCAAUUAAGCAUUUAAUGAAUAUAAGAGAAAAAUCACAUUGAAUAAAUAUAAUUUUCAGGAAUA